AUGGACACUGGAGACAAUCAACAUCUCUCAGAGCUGAGGAUUGUGUUAAUGGGUCACAGAAGAGCUGGUAAGAGUUCAUCAGGAAACACCAUCCUGGGCAGAGAAGUGUUUGACUUAAAGAGAUCUGCCCUGUGUGUGAGUAGACAUGGAAAAGUAGCAGACAGACACAUCACUGUCAUUGAAGCUCCAGGAUGGUGGAGGAAUAUACCUGCAGAGGAAAGUCCUGAGAUACUAAAGCAGGAGAUUUUGCUCAGCAUGUCUCUCUGUCCUCCAGGACCACACGUUGUACUAAUGCUCAUGCUGCUGUUCACAUAUGGAGACACACUGUUAGACACAUCUAUAGAGCAGCACAUCAAGAGUGAAGGGAAAGAUCUCCAGUGGCUGCUGGACAAAUGUGGGAACAGAUAUCAUGUUCUCAACAAUCAGAACAGGAGUGACGACACUCAGAUCAAGGAGCUGCUAGAGAAGAUUGAGGAGACAGUGGCUCAAAACAACAGCUGCCACUUUGAACUAGACAGAAAGUUUUUACAGGACAUGAAAGAAAAAAGGAGAGCAGAGGAAGAGAGAGCUAAAGAACGAAUGAAGAUGAUAAAAAAACAGAGAGAAAACAUCCGAUCACAGAUGAGUGAGUAA